AAGACACUGGCUCAAGCUGCACUCCCGCCUACACCAAUACUACCAGUACUCUAAACGCACAAGGUCAUUGGGACUUUCGUUUCUGCACAGGUCUCAGAGUGUCGUUGCUGGGAAAACAAUAUUGCUCGUCACAAGUUUAACCCGACCCUGUGGUCUGAUUUAUCCCCAUAUACGGGCCUACCCCUCUCGACUAGGAAGCCUGCACUAGGUCCUGUACAAUGGAUUCCGAAGACCAGACGCGGGCUUUACUCGCACCUUCUCCAGAAUUCCUAGUGUCCGUCAAAGUAUUUCCGUUAAUACCAUAUCUUAAAAAGGAUGUCAUUAAAUCAAUCGAUAGUUCUCUUAGCUGGGAGCAGCUUACUGCCUCUGAUAUCAAUUUCGCCGUAGUGCGUCCCUUGGUUUUCAAGUAUGCCAGGCUAAGAAAUAUGGCCGUCAUAUACGCAGCGUUGGUGGUUCGCUCGUACUUUAUUGCUCAAUCAAGCUCGAAUCUGGCGCAUUCCGGGGUGAUGCUUUCCCGAGCGGCUUUAUGCGAAAUCUUGGCCAUGAAGCUUCUUGCUCACUUUGCGUCCAAUAAAAUCCAGCUUGUAGCGGUGUUAACCACAGGCUGGAAUCCAUUGGCAGGUGCUCCUCCUGAAAUUGUUGGUGACGUAAAGGAAGCUUUAAGGGGCGAUGAAGAUCAGUUCAAUCACCCUCAAAAUGCGAUCGAGAUGGCUAUCUCUACUCAGGCUAAGGCAUUCUUGGCAUCUCCAAUUGUUCAGAGCGUCGUGAAUGAUAUCUACUCUGGUCGCAUUGUAUUCUCCAUAACGGGUAGUAGAGCCAUGUUGGCUGAUAACUACAAACCCCGAGCUAUAGAGAUAUAUGAUUCUAGGAAGGCCCCUUUCCUUGACCACUACAGACUACGUGUCCCAAAAUAUAAUGCGAUACUACAAUUUGUGAACUUUGCCGUACUUUUGUUGACGUUUAUAGCGUGUCUUUAUAGCCGCGAACUCGAAAGCGUCACAUUCUGGGAGGUUGUCUUUCUUGUGUUUGCUGCUGCCUUUACACUGAAGGAAUACACGGCUACAAAAGAGCACGGCUGGACAAUUUACAUUGCAAAUAUCUGGAAUGUAUUUGAUGUUUCUUUUGUCUCGGUUUUUGUUGCAUACCUGGGCUUUAGAAUAAAGGGACUUGCGAGCCACAACACUGACACUUCGCAAACGGCCUUUGAUCUAUUGGCAUGUGGCGCAUGUAUUCUCUUGCCACGCUUGGCAUUCUUUGCAGUAUCAAACAACGUCGUGGUACUGUGGACAGUUAAAUCUAUCGCCUGGCUCAUGGUUCAAAUAUGGUUCGGUAAUACCAGCCUCAGCUUUGGACAAGCCGCCAGCUUUCAUCCCUUUUUUGGACCUAUACUAAUGACGUGUUUCGCGGCCUUAUCAAAUACUCUACUCUUGACGAUCCUUAUUUCCAUCCUGUCGAAUACGGUUGCUCGCAUUGAUGCUGUGAGUAGAUCCAUGCAGUACCUUUUUCAGUACGCCAUUUCCACCAUUGAAGGUGGUAACUCGGAUGCUCUUUUUAGUUACCAGCCGCCCUUCAAUCUCAUCGCUUUUGUCAUCCUUAAACCAGCCAGCUGGUUUUUGUCCCCGAGGGCCCUUCACUCGGCAAAUGUCUUCUUGAUUAGGCUCACAUCUUUCCCUUACUUGGUUGCGAUUGCCUUGUACGAGCGGCAUCUUGCUGCAGGACAACCACUACGAAGGUCAAGCAAAGGAGUUGCGAACUCAUUCUAUAACAGCCUCCCUCGUCACAUCAAAACGAUGCCAGUACUGGAAUAUCUCGUGGGAUCGCACACGACAGAUUUGUACGAUGCGAUAUUUGAAGUGGAAGAUUCGCAUGACUUUGGUCUAUUCGACGGUUCUCAGGCCGAUGGUGAUGAGCACACGAUGCAUAGCCUACCAUCACCCGUUGUACCUGAUUUCGGCCAUGAAUCCUCAUCAGGAGCUCCAUUCCAGUGGCAAUCAGGCCACACAAUGUCUCUGCAAGUUGAAGUCCCAUCUCCAAGGACUCGUAAAACGAGCGUUUUGACUCCUUUGGCUGAAACCUCGGGAAAUGCUGAUGUGAUCAAGAUGGAUAAUUCGACUCCUCUUGCCAGAAUGUUUGGUCGAUUUAUGCCACAAGGAGCCACACACUCGCCAGAACGUCCACCGCAUCAUGGCGCAGGCCUUGAAAUCGGCAUUAAACGGAUUGAGGCGCUCCUAGAGGAUUGUAAGACUCUGCCUGUGCAGCGUCUUAGAGACGAAAUUCAGGAACUUCAUGUCCGUCAGGCUCGUAUCGAAAACCUUCUUCUCACGCUAACACACGGAAUGCAUAAUGACACGAACGCUCCCCAGAAACGUGGUAUGAGGUCUUGAGCCUGAGGAUUUAAAUUUCAAUGCAACGAUUUGACUGGUUUUCGUUUUUAUGUGCCACUUGCUUUGUUCUCGAUUUGUAUUUCAUCGUACGUACCUGUUAAGCAUUUAUAGAAAACAAUGACUGUUAUACCAGUAGACUGUGAUACACAUGACCUCCUUUUAUACCUUAUAGCCUUUUCACCUUAUCGGAGGGUAUAAAUACUUAUACGCAACUAGAUAAAUAUAUUUCUUGGGACGGUAUUCUGCUCUUUAUAGUCGUGUCACGGACCAUACUAGUAGAUGGAAUUUGGCAUCAGACGACCUUGUGAGGUCUACUCUCUGAACCUCCUGAAGCUCGGCAUCUACACGAACAGUCCCUUUCUUAAAGAUUUCGCCGUCCCACAGCGCAGACCAACUUUCAGAGUUGUGGCAAAACAUAUAAGUGUUAGACGAGUUGAGCAGCUCUGUCCUGUAGCCCUUUUCAGGACGUCCUCCAUGUGAACCAAAAAUCACGGAACCAGGUUCGGAAGAAAGGAGGCCCGCCAGUCCACGUGCGAGGUGAAGCUGCAUGUCCUCUCCGAAUAGUUGAAACAAUGAAGAGGCGUGAAUGGCAGAUACACGUCCGUGAAGGGCAUUCAGGGAAGUUAUGGCCGUCAAAGGGGGGAAAGGCCCCUUCAUUUCCUCGUAGGACGGAGGAACAAUUUGUAAAUGGGCAUCAUUGAAUGCGUCUCCUGCAAUGAAUUUCGCAGGGAAUGACUCUGGGGUUGAGUUGAAUAAAUCAUGUCCCAGUGCCC